AUGAAGUUUGAUGAUGAGGCAGCGUAUGAGUCGCAUGACAGAGAUGCACAUCAACUCCAGUGCCCUCAGUGUUCCAAAUUGUUUAAGAAUACUCAUGAUUUCUUUAACCACGCCAUCACUCAUGCUCCUAUCUCCAAAGAAUCAGCGACUGCCCCUAAGAUCGUUGGACUAUAUGAGAAUUCUGAUUGUAAAUAUCAGCUCAGGUGCUUCAAAUCAGGCUGUUGUCACCAGUCUAGCACUCUUAAUGCGUUUCGCCACCACUAUCAUACCUGCAACAUGAUUAGAUGUGAUGCGUGUGAUGGAUUUUUCGACCAAGAAGAGGACCCGCAACUUCAAGCACACAAAGCCCAGGUGCAUACCCCAAUAUUAUUGUUCGGUUGUGUCCAAUGUACUCAAACCUUUCCAACAUCUGAUGCAGCUGCCGCACAUUACGCGACUGAGCAUGCAUUCAUCUGCGAAGCUUGUCCUGGAACAUUCUUCAUUAAUUCUGCUACCCGGGAAAGACAUUUCAUUACAUGUGGUAAUAUUUCCGAGACAUCUGAUUCCGGUGAAAGUUUCCAAACCUCGCGAACCGAAUUCUCGCCCCUCAUGCAGCGAAGAGCACUACUACCAGCUAUUAGAGUUCCUCCCUCUUCAGCCGUACCAUUGGUUCAAUUUCAUGAGGAACCUUUAUCUCCAGCUCAACCACUGUUUCAAAUUUAUGAAAAGUCUGCGAUCGAGAGAAUUAAUGCUGCACAAGAACUCGCCCGGAAAAUCCUCGCAGAAGCCAACGCACGCCCACAAGCGACAUAUUCGUGCCAGAGAUGCUCUCCUCUUGUGGAAAUCUAA